GCAUGCGUGCCAUACCUGAGUAGUAACGUCGUCCGCUUUAGGGAGUCGUCAUGUCGAUAUGACUAUAGAUCGUAUUUUGACAUUAUGUACUGCUGGGGGUAUUUUCAUUUUAUGGCUUGUCUGCUGGUUCAGUCAUACUUUGGCUAUCUUAUACGGUAAAUGGCUCCUUCAUCGGGUUCCCCAUGACGUGUCCCCUGAGGACCGGCAGGGCGUGUCCAUCAUCAAGCCCCUCACUGGGGUGGACCCUAACCUCAAGACAAACCUCACCACUUUCUUUACCAGCAACUACCCCGCAUAUGAGAUUCUCUUCUCUGUACAAGAUGAGCAGGACCCAGCAAUACUGCUAGUCAAAAGUUUAAUGGAAGCCUAUCCAAAGGUGGACGCGAAGCUGUUCAUUGGAAUCAAGUCUGUUGGCGCCAAUGGCAAGGUGAACAACAUGGUCAAGGCUUAUGAAGCAGCAAAGUAUGAUGUCGUGUUGAUAUCAGACAGCGGAAUCCAAAUGCGUGAGUCAACCCUGACGGGCAUGAUGGCGUGUAUGACGAGCAAGGUGGGGAUGGUGCUUCAGAUGCCCUAUGUCGCAGAUAGAGAGGGCUUUGCUGCUGUCUAUGAGAAGGUGUAUUUUGGUACUAUGCAAGCCCGCAACUGUUUGGCAGCAAAUUGUGUUGGCAUCAACUGCUCAACAGGAAUGUCCUGUCUGAUGAGGAAAGAUAUUCUUGAUGAAGCCGGAGGGAUGGCAUCGUUUGGGAAAUAUCUGGCAGAAGAUUUCUUUUUUGCUGAAGCUUUCAGACAAAGGGGGUAUAAAUGUGUUCUGUGCCCAGAACCAGCACUACAAAACUUGGGAACAUACUCAGUGGGAGAGUUUCAUCGACGCCUUAUCAGGUGGUGCCACCUGCGGAUGUCCAUGUUACCAACGCUGGUCUUACUGGAACCAAUGUCCGAGUGUAUGAUUAUUGGAGUCUGUGCGUCUUUAGCCAUCCAGUAUCUGUUUGAUGCCAGUGCCCUCGUGGUCUUCCUCCUGCAUAUUCUGUGUUGGUUCCUGCUGGAUUAUUCACUCAUUACAACUGUGGAGUUGAACUUCUAA